AUGUCCCCUACACCACCAAAAGCUGAGGAACCUCCACAAAAGAGACCCCGAGGCCGCCCGCGCAAGGAUGGCAGACCAGCGGGAUCGGUGCCAAAAGUCGCAAAGCCGGCCAACCACCCUUAUACCAACUUAGCGCACCCUAUUGAUGGAUCGGUAAUCAAACGCGGACGAGGAAGACCCCGGAAAGUACCCCUUGUCCUCACUGUGCCAGCGCAAGGUAAUGGUAUCGACGACAAUACCACUGUUGCGCCAGACGCUUCUUCGAGGACACCACAAAAGCAGCAAAAGAUGUCAGACCAACCAAAGCGUCUAGAAGAGCUCGAUGUUUCGACAGAUCAAAGUGAAGAAACGCCAAAGCAGUUCUGCCUUUCGCAAACUGGCGGCUCCGGGCAGGGACAAAAAUGCGAAAAUUUCUGGACGACAGAGUAUGAAGGUCCGAAUGAUCUCAAGAUGAUGACGUUGAAAGAUAACAUAGCCCGACAGCAACUUCAGUGCAAGAGGUGGGCUGAAGACAGGCAGCACAGGCUGAGGGCUGCAGCAGGCCCGGGGGCAGCGUGGGGAAAAAGAUGGGAACUACCGAAGUACGGAGUUGAGGACGAAAUCCCCAAAGAACUUGGUCAAAUCGAUAAAUUCAUGUUUCCGCAGUUGGCGAUUGUUGCGAGUGGACCAGCACUGGAGUCCGAAGUCGUUGAAGAAGUUCCCAAGGAACUUUGUCAAACCGAUGAAUCGAUGUUCCCCCAGUGGUCGGGUAAGACGAAAAAAUGGGCUCGCGAACUGCAUGGAGUUUAUGACGAGCGUCCUUUCUGGGAGGAUACAAAUAUGCAAGCUUCUCCUUCGAAAGCGGCAGGGCGACGAGAGUAG